AUCUGUUCCGUGGAGAACUUUGUUAUGUCGUAGUCGUAUGCAGUAUCCAGUCUCACAUAUAAAAGGCUCGUGUAAUUUCAGAACAAAUGGCUAACUCGUUAGAUGUCGUCGAUUGGGAAGAUCUAAGAAGGCAAGCGAGACAUUUGGAAAAUGAUAUCGAUGCAAAACUGGUAGCAUUUAGCAAGCUUGGCAUUAACGGGGGAUCCAAACUUGUAAACAGUGAUGAAGUGCCACUUUUGGACGAGGAGCAUGUUUUUGAAAACAUGGCUUCUGAAAUAGAAGCACUAUUAACUAAAUUGUCCUCUAUAAACGAGAGAAUGAGCGAAUUACACCCCAAUGGUGCUGCAAUGUUGCAUACCAUGCAGCGUCAUAAAGAUAUAUUGAAAGACUACAAACUGGAAUUUAGUAAGAUUAGAAAUAAUUUUGCAGCAAGAAGAGACAGGGAAGAUUUACUUGGAAGUGUUCGUAAAGAAAUAGACAAUUACAAAAGUGCAAGUGGACUAAAUCGCAGAGAGAUGUUCAUGAAGGAAAAUCAACAUAUUCAUAAUUCCGAUCGGCUAAUCAACGAUCAAAUAAGUAUAGCAAUGGAAACACGCGAACAUUUGAUGACUCAGAGGCAGGCAUUCAAACGUAUACAAACCAGGUUCAAUGAUAUAUCGAACCGUUUCCCGGCAGUGAACAGUCUAGUGCAAAGGAUAAAUUUGCGCAAGAGACGAGACUCCCUUAUUCUUGGACUUAUCGUUGGUUUCUGCACAUUUCUAAUGCUGUUGUAUGCUUUUCACUAAAUUUCAUUCCAUACCAAAAUACUUCCACUUCAACGGAAUUAAUGGCAAGACCCAUUUCACACGAAGAUACCUACAUCGCGAUAUGCGUAUGCGAUACAGCAUUCAACACGAGAAAAGGUAUUGCGGUACGGUAUCGCUGUCAGAAUGCUUCCAUUGAACUAAAUGUACGCUCGGUAUACAUCGUACGCGCAUCGCAAUACAAGCAACCUCGUGUGAAACGGGUCUAAGGAUAACCAGAUAUGCGUCUCGCUAGGCCCUUUACCCUUUGGCGUCUGUCUCGCCAACAUGUUCCUGCCGGUUGGUCCUUCGCUUCUCUAAUUCUACCUUCCUGGCUCGAACAUAUUGGCGAGACGCGGAAACGAAUAAGGGACCGGGCGGACGUCGAACCUGGCAACCAUCGGUCGCCGAUGUAUUGCAUGAUAAGUGCGAUCAUCGUUUUGUCCGUAUACGUUUUGAUAUUUUUUAUCAAUUUCCUUCGUAUUUGCAAUUUCGUCAGCAUAUGGUUUCUUUGUUCUUGCCUAAACAAUGUACAGGUAAUUGUGGAAGAUAAACGGAAAUAUUUUUAUUACUAGUACCAACAAAACUCGCAGUAUACCAAUCAUGCAUUACAUGAAUAGGGAACAUUGAAAUCGCAAAGAAUUGUCCACGAUGUUGAGCAAAUGAUCGAGUGAAUGUGUUGAAAAGUGAGAUAUAAAAUAUGCAAAUGUAAUAUUGUACAGUUUUUUUUAUACCUAAUUAUAAGCCGUGGAUGACUCUAUGUGUAGAGCAGGUCUCGACAACUGAAUGCUCACAAACUGCCACGCUUCGAACCGCUACCCCUUGGCAGAUUGGAAGCAAUAUUCAGUUACCCGGGCUUGGUAUAGACCUUGAAUCCGCGAUCGACAUGUUAAUUUAAUAAAUGUUAAAAUCAACGGUGAAAGUUUUACCCAUUUUGAAAAUCAUAUUUGUAUUGUUUUUUUCUGACUUCCUAUACACGCGAUAAAGAAUAUAUGUAUAAAUGUAUAUAUAAGUCGAUUUUUAAGAAGCAGUUAAAAACUAUAAAGUGAUUUAGACUUGUCAUCGGUACAACAGUCUGUACAUCGUCUUUAUUUGCCACUGUGUUUAUGGAUAGAAAGUAAUACCUGUAAGUAAUAUACCUAUGAGUCAAUCUUCUUUUAAUUGUUACAUUUAAAGGAAAGGAGUAAUACAAUUUUUCGUGACAACGAAUGAAAUAAAAUAUGGAAACAUUACGAUCAAA